AUGGCCAAGUGGGGCGCCGGGCUGCCGCGAGGCUCCCGAGUGGCCCGGGCGAUCGCGGGGGAUGCGUGUCGUGCGCCCCCCCUCAGAGGCCGCGCCCUCGCUGAACCCGCCCCCUCCUGCGCCGCCGCAGCUUGGCUGCCUCUCCAAGGGGCCGAGGUGAUCUCUGGCAGGACCCACGCGGAGCCCGCGCCACUCCUCCCGCUCCGCCCCCGUCUCCUCCCCUCCUGGCGGAAGGCCGAGGACGUGCGAGGCACUGAUCUGGAACGCUGGAACUCAGCAUACACACACCUGGUGGUAGAGGAAUCUGACUACCCUGAAGCUGCCUUAUUUGGAGGAAGCCCAGACAACAUGAAGAGGUCACCUGGAAGUGCUUGGAUUGACAGCCCGAGGACAGCAUCAACUGACAGCUAUGAAACCAAGGUCCAUGGAAAUCAUACAACAGGGAAUCGCUGAAAGGUUCUGAAGAGGAGAGUCGUGGGAUCAUAUCUGUGCUUUAGAAUGAUGAGUUUUCUUGAAAAAUUAGAGAACAUAUUUGAAGGAGGACCAUAUGUCAUAGCGGUAAGUAGAAUAAUCAAGAAAUGAGGAAAUCUGGACUAGGGCAAUAACAGGAAGGGUGGUGAGACUUGGAAGAAGUCAAGAGAUCUGAAGCGAGCAGGUUUACAGGGUUUUAUGAGCAACUGGAUGUGGGAGUAAAGGGGGAUAAAAGUCAAAGAUUAUGGCUGGUUUCUGCUCUGGACAAUUAGACCAACAAAGGUACUAUCGACCAUGCCAAAGAAUACAUGCAGUGGAAUAGAUAUGAGGCAUAAAGAAGAAGGAAAAUAGCUAAUUCAGUUUUAAAACCUGAGUGUGGCUUUACAGUCUCAUGAUGUAAAAGGAAAAACAAUAAAGCAAUAAAAUGUUAACAAUAUGUCCUGAAGGUUAAAAAUUCAGAACAACAAGGAGGUUGAUAGAGGUGAGCUUUGGAAAUUGGUUAAUAUAGGGAUAGUACGGAUAAAGGCAUGUAGCUAGACUUCAGAAUGAGGAAGCUUGACCACCCAGCUUUAAUUGUCUUCUACUAUCAGCAACAUCUUGAGUUUAUUUUGAGAAACCACCAUUCCCCAUUCCUAGAACAUGUGGUUUAAAAGAAGCUAUACCAUUUCCAUGUCCCCAAGGGGGAACAUAUAUCCCAGGUCUGCCCAAGGAGAAGCAAUCCUGAGCUUUCUUGGCUAAAACCAUUGGGAAAGCUAAGAUUGCUAAUGUAGAAGGAUUAUACCUACAGCUACUUCUGGCUGUCUUAUGACUGCAAGGAGAAAGCAUGCUGAGGAUUAAACCACACAGAGGAAAGCAGAACUGAGUAAUAAAAAAAGUAUGACAUGCUAUAACAAGAUGUCUUAGAAUAAAAAAGAAAAAUAAAAUAAACCAAUAAAACAAAAAUUAUAAUGAAAAAAGAAAAAGUAUGACAAAAAGUGUGACCCAAUGACAUUAUUAAAAUGCCUGCAUCUGGCCUUCCCUGAAAGACUAUUCAAUUAUGGAACCCAAUACAUUCCUUCCUUUACUUAAAUAAGGGUCUGUCACUUGCAAAAGAAGGAGACCUAGAAUAAUUCAGUGUUUUUUGGCCAUUUGAAGUAGUUUGCUGUGAUUCGAUUAGAGCAGCUAGGUAGGUAUGGAUGGGAGCAAGAAAAAUAUUUGCUGAAGUCACAUUUGAGAGGAUUAUUGACAACAGAGAAUUCUAUGAGCCUUUGAGCAAUGAAUGAGUGGAGGUAUUGAAAUGAGGCUUGAUGUCAAAUUCCAGCUCCACCAAGCCUCACCGUGUGACCUAGGGAAAGUUAUUUAACCUUCCUAAGCCUUGGUUCUCUCAUCUGUAAAUUGGUAAAGACAAUGGGAUCUUUCUCGAAGCAUGGUUAGGAUAAUGCCUAUAAAGGGUUUAACUUGAUGUCUAGCUCUGCAUAAAUGUUAGCAUUUGUCCAAAAUCAUUAUUAUUCUGUAUGUAGUUGCUUUGCGAAGUGGAUUAUCACUGCCAGCU